CCGGAAGAAGUGAUCAGUGCCAGAGAUACUCUGGCAGUGCUAGCCGGCUAGCUAACACAUAAAAUCAGAACCCACUUUUCUUAACUUCUUCUGUUAGCAAACUAAACUAAUAUUAUAGCCCAGCGGUUUACUCGCAGCUAGUCAACAUCAUGAUUAGUGUAUAUACAAGCUGGACAUGCCUAUGUAUGUAGCUAGCUGCUGAACUGCACGCAGUCUAUAUAGCUAGCUAAGUUAGCGUAAUUACUAUCUCCAAAACAAACAGGGUGUGCUGUGCAGUGGACUUUGGCAGCAGCAGAGUGGGAGUUCUAGCUACUAUUGCAAGCAAGCCAGUUUAUCCAUACACAUUAUUAUUGGGGAGUUUUUGAAUGUCCUGUCUUAUGAGGUUAUUGACAACCCUAAGUUAACUAAAUAUACACCAAAUUUAGUAGCCAGCAGCUAUGGCCAGCACCAGCAUGGCUUCUGCAGCUGUAACAGGAGACAAACCCUCAGGUUCGGGUUCUAAGAAGAAGAAUGAAAAGAAGUUGGCUUCCAAAGAGGAGUCCAGAUUCCUGUCCAGUAUCAUGGGCGUGAUGAACAACCUAAGGAAACAGGUGUGUGCGUGCGCGCCGUGUGUGUGUCUCUUACAGUGUAUGUCUAACAGUGUGUGUUUUCUGCAGGGUACCCUAUGUGAUGUGAUCUUGGUGGUUCAGGGGAAACAUAUUCCUGCUCACAGAGUGGUCUUAGCUGCAGCCAGCCACUUCUUCAGCCUCAUGUUUACUACCAGCAUGAUGGAGUCUACCAGUCACGAGGUGGAGUUGAGGAGUGCUGAGCCUGAGAUCAUAGAACUGUUGGUGGAGUUUGUCUACACCGCUCGUAUCUCAGUGAACAGCAGUAAUGUCCAGUCUUUGCUGGAUGCAGCCAACCAGUACCAGAUAGAACCUGUGAAGAAGAUGUGCGUUGACUUCCUAAAAGAGCAAGUCGAUGCAACCAACUGUCUGGGCAUCUCUGCUCUAGCGGAGUGUUUGGACUGUCCAGAAUUGAAGCUGUCAGCGGAUGACUUUAUCCAUCAACAUUUCACUGAGGUCUAUAAAUUGGAUGAAUUCCUCCAACUGAACGUCACCCAGCUCACACAGCUACUGCACCAAGACACACUCACUGUCCGGGCCGAGGACCAGAUCUAUGAGUCUGCGGUGCGGUGGCUGAAGUAUGAUGUGUGUAACAGACAGAGUCACAUGGUGGAGGUGUUGGGCUGUGUUCGCUUCCCUCUGGUGUCCAAAGCCUUCCUGUCUAAGACUGUCCAGGCUGAACCCCUCAUACAGGACAACCCAGAGUGUCUCAAGAUGGUCAUCAGUGGGAUGCGGUACCACCUGUUGUGCCCAGAGGAUCGUGAGGAUUUGGGAGAGAACAGUCACCCGCGACGUAAGAAACACGACUACAGGAUUGCUCUGUUUGGAGGCUCGCAACCACAGUCCUGCAGAUACUUCAACCCUAAGGACUACAGCUGGUCAGACAUUCGUUGUCCGUUUGAGAAGCGUCGUGAUGCCACGGCGGUGUUCUGGGAUAAUGUUGUUUACAUCCUGGGAGGAUCUCAGCUGUUCCCCAUCAAGAGGAUGGACUGUUACAACGUACUGAAGGACAGCUGGUACUCCAAACUAGGCCCCCCUACACCACGGGACAGUCUGGCUGCUUGCGCCUCUCAGGGCAAGAUCUACACCUCUGGAGGGUCGGAAGUAGGCAGCUCAGCGUUGAACCUGUUUGAGUGUUAUGACACGAGGUGUGAGUCAUGGCAGACCAAAGCCAGUAUGUUGAUGCCUCGCUGUAGCCACGGCAGCGUGGAGGCCAAUGGGCUCAUCUACGUCUGUGGUGGGUCCCUAGGCAACAACGUCUCUGGGAGGGUCCUCAGCAACUGUGAGGUCUAUGACUCCGUUAAGGAGGAAUGGAGGGAGCUGAGUGGGAUGAGGGAAGCCAGGAAGAACCACGGUCUGGUGUUUGUCAACAACAGAAUCUAUGCUGUGGGAGGAAUGAACGGACUGGGUGGGCUGGACUCGGUGGAGUACUAUGACAUCGGCAGGAAUGAGUGGCACGUUGCCGCGGCGAUGCCGUGGCGUGGGAUGAACGUGAGGUGUGCUGCAGUCAGCGGAGUGAUUUACGUACUGGCAGGUUUCCAGGGGGUCGGACGACUUGGACACAUCCUGGAGUACCACACUGACACUGACAGGUGGGUGACGUGCAGUAAGGUGAGGGCGUUCCCCGUCACCAGCUGUCUGAUCUGUGUGGUGGACACCUGUGGGGCCAAGGAAGAGGAGACUGAGUCAACACACACAGUACCCCCAUCAUCAUCCACAGCAUAACACAGGGUCUUUAAAAUGUUUUAUCUGUUGUGCUUUUAUUUGGAGGACGAGAGCUGGUCAGUGUGGUAUGAAACUGCUGUAGUGGAAUCAUGUUGAAGCUUCACAUUGACAGAAAUCAUAGAGAACACACUCUUUGAGGCGAGGUGCUGACUAGCAGAACAUAGAACUGGGAAAAUACUAACAUGAAAGUCACUCAGUGAUGAUUGUCUUCAGACAGAAGCUCAUUGUUAAAGCUACAGAUGAACGACUGAUCUAAGAGCUCUCAGCUGAUACACUUAGUCUCAACUAAACAUGUUUUUAUCAGACCAGGGUCAUGUACUUUUAAGUACUUGAAAGUAGAUAGCACUUUUGGAACUAAUCCAUUGGUUGUAUUUUACCGUGUAAAUGAAAUCAAGUGCAGCUCAAGAAUUUGAAAAUAUGAUUCUAUACUAUGUAUUUUAUGCUAUUGUGUGUAUUUAAUUGUACUGUUUUAUAUUGUACUGCAAUGAAAUGUAAUGUCUGAGGUUAUAUAAGAAACAUUAGCAUUUUUACUACUGUAUGUAUGUGAUGACUGUUACAUGAAAUUGAUAAUAAACAAAGCUGGAACUGAA